UAGUUCGGAUGUUGGUGUUUUACUCGUGAGUUUGCGCCAGCACUGAUCUCUCCGACAUCACAUACAGUUACAGUUACCCAUGAUAUUAUACCGCCAAUCGCUAGAUGAUGCUGCAGCCUAGCCCGUCAUCAGUAAACCGGGCAGCUACGGGAAAACCCACGACAUGAAAUACGAAGCAUCCCGUUGGUAUCUGGCUGUUAUUGUGAUAUUUAACUGUGCUUACAAGAUAAUUACUUUCAACACAUGCACAUUUUAUUAGGAAGAAUUAUCAAGAUGGUGCCUAUGAUGUGUCAAAGAAUGAAAACCUCUCCCCUCCCACUCUGGUUGUAGAUUGCACCAUGUUAGAUAAAACCAGUGAUAAAGACCAACAGACUGAGCACUGCUCAGACUGUGGAUGCAUCCUUGUACAGCCUAACUCUGAUUCAAGCAACACUUCAGCCCAUCCUAAACAGCAGCGUGUGCACAAAGCAGUCAGUCCUCCCAAAUGUCCAUCCUGCCAGGCAGGCAGCAGCCUUCCAAAUGGGCGACGCCCCAUCCGCCUGGACCCUCACAGCUGCAGCCUGUGCUCCAAAACCUUCAUCUCCUCUGCCCACCUGGCCCUUCACCUCGCCUCUCACAAGGAGAGGAAGUUCAGAUGUGGCACUUGUGGCAAGCACUUUCAUCAGGCUUCCCACCUGGUGGCACAUAAGAUGAUCCACAGCGGGGACAGGCCAUUUAAAUGCCCAGAGUGUGGCAAGACCUUUGGCCGCGCCUCGCAUCUGAAGACCCACCGGCGGCUUCACACAGGCGAGAAGCCUUUUAAGUGCACCUACUGUGACAAGUCAUUCACACAGAAGGCUGGGCUCCUGGCACACGUUCGUCUACACACAGUGGAGCAGCCAUACAAGUGUGAGCAGUGUGGUGAGGGUUUUCGCUCUUUGUCACGCCUGCUCUCUCACAAGGCCGAGGAGUCGUCUGGGCAGAACAAACCAGUGUCGGCACAGGCAAAACCAGUGUCAGCACAGGCAAAACCAGUGUCAGCACCAGCACUCAACCAACCCAAGAAGACACAGAGUAGCCCUGAGAAUCUGAAGUGUGGUGUCUGCUGUCGCACCUUUGUACGAUCAUCAUACAUCAGACUGCACAUACGCCUCAACAAAGGACAGCGGCCUUAUCACUGCAAAGUGUGCAACAAGACCUUUGCCAGGCUGGAUACGUUUGUGAACCACUGUGAUAAACACUUACGAGAGAAAGGGGAUACAAGUGUGGUAAAGGAGGUAAAAGACAAAGUUGUUAAACCUCCCUUGUUUGUCCCACUCUCCAGGCCUCCUCCUCCUGAAUCCUUAUCCACUCAGCCUUUAUCCUCAGAGGUCAACACACGCUCCAGAGCAAAAGCAAAGAGUAAAACAGAGCCAUGACCAAGAGGAAUCCAUCCACACAGACAAAAAUGGUCUUUAACCAAGAAAUGUGGCAUAACUAUUCUGCCAUAGCAGAUUGUAACAAAUGCUGGACAGUAUUGUCAUGUUGAUGUCAUUUUCGAAAAAAAAUCCCAAAAGAACACAAUUAUUGAAAAGUUACUGUAUAUGUUUACAAUUACAAUUUACAAAUGAUCAGAGAAAGGGACAAAGAGAGAGAAAAUUUGUAGUUGAAUAAUUAUAAAAAUACUGUUAUAUGAUUUAUAUCAUUAGUUCACCAAUUGUUAAUUGGUAGUUUGUAUUAAGUUAUUUUUUAUUUAAAAUCAUUAAUUUAAUGUUCAAUGAAUAUUUCUGUAAGUACCACAAUGUUGCUAUUUUAUCCCCCGAGGCUAAUUAACACUUGUAACAGUAACAUUUCAAUGGCGUACAUUGUUCACUCUAAUCUUUAAAUAUAGAAAAAAAAACUAUCUCUAUAAUAUCUUUAACUAUUAUAAUUCAUGGUUAAUGUGUUGUUGUUUUUAUACCCAUACAAGCCUAUUGGCAUGUAUAGCACUCAGAACAAAUUACACAGAGUAAAAA